CAUUCAGUAGCAACCAAAAGAAUGAAAAUUCGUGUGUAUUCAGACGUUGAACGUAAUUUUUAUUGAAUUAUUAAUAGAUUUUUUUCUUUUUUAAACUUCGUAACACUUUUAACAAAUUCUUUAAUUUUGAAGUAUUUUGAAGGAGAUUGAAAAAAAUUAUAUAAUUGGAAAGAAAAGAAGUGACAAUACUAUUUGAUAGACGAAAAACUUGGAAAAGCAAAUAAAAAAAUUUUCCAGAAGCCUUUAGAAGGGUUUUAACAGGAAAGCAAAACCACUGUAAUUAAAAACAUAAACAUUCUCAAGGAGAUUUGUAGCAGAAAAAGCAAAGCAGAUUUGAUAAAAAAUUGUUAAUUUUUUUUUCUAAACCUUAACGCCAUUUCUGUUUUAUCGGUUUUUGUGCUAUACAUACUCCGCUUUAACGCUGACGCCGACGCCUCCAACUUCUGCUGCUGUGUUAAUACACUUGAAAUCUUUUUUUUCGCUCGUUUAUUUUAUUCGUGCUCCUUGGUCGCGCUUGCUGUGCUGUUUUCAUAAAAUUUCUUUUUAAAUAGUGAUUUUUUUUUAAAGAAAUACAAUUAAACUAAAAAUUCAGUGUAAUAUCAAAAGGAAAAUAAUAAGGCCGGAAUAGAAAAUUAGGGAGAAUUUCUCUUGACAUAUUAUAAUUAUUCAGUAACGGCAGUACUCACAUAAUACACAAAAUGACGUCUCUUGAACCAAAUAUGAAUCGUUUGCAAAAUUUCAAAAACAAAGGGAAGGAUCAAGAUGAAAUGCGUCGUAGACGUAACGAAGUCACAGUUGAAUUGCGUAAAAAUAAACGCGAUGAAACGAUACUCAAGCGUCGUAAUGUCCCUAAUAUGGAUUCCAAUACAGAUGAGGAUGAUCAGUUGCCGAAUCAAAUCAAUUUGAAAAAACUUGCGGAAGCUGCCGCAGACUCCUCCAAGCCCGAACAGCAAUUGGCAGCAGUACAGGCUGCCCGUAAAUUACUGUCUUCGGACAAGAAUCCACCAAUUAACGAUUUGAUUAAAAGCGACAUAUUGCCUAUAUUGGUGGACUGCCUAAAGCAACAUGAUCAUACGAUGUUGCAAUUUGAGGCCGCCUGGGCUUUAACCAAUAUUGCUUCGGGUACAUCAGAACAAACAAAUCAGGUGGUGGCUGCUGGAGCUGUACCACUUUUCCUGCAAUUGCUCUCUUCACCCGCUCCUAACGUUUGUGAACAAGCUGUUUGGGCUUUGGGUAAUAUUAUCGGCGACGGGCCCGAGUUACGUGACUUCGUCAUCCGAUAUGGAGUUGUGCAACCAUUAUUAUCGUUUAUUAAACCCGAUAUACCAAUAUCGUUCUUGCGCAAUGUCACUUGGGUGAUUGUUAAUUUAUGUCGUAACAAGGAUCCCCCACCGCCGGCCGCCACUAUACAUGAAAUUUUACCUGCUUUGAACGCAUUAAUCCAUCACACAGAUACAAACAUAUUAGUCGACACUGUAUGGGCCAUUAGCUAUUUAACUGACGGCGGAAACGAUCAAAUUCAAAUGGUAAUAGAGAGUGGAGUGGUACCAAAAUUGAUUCCAUUAUUGGGCCAUGCUGAGGUGAAGGUGCAGACAGCGGCAUUACGUGCUGUUGGAAAUAUUGUGACUGGUUCGGAUGAGCAAACGCAAGUGGUGCUCAAUUAUGACGCUUUAUCAUAUUUUCCGGCCUUGUUAUCGCAUCAGAAAGAGAAGAUACGUAAGGAAGCUGUUUGGUUCUUAUCCAAUAUUACCGCUGGCAAUCAAUCGCAAGUACAGGCGGUUAUUGAUUGCGGUUUAUUACCCAAAAUAAUUGAGAAUUUACGCAAUGGCGAAUUUCAAACGCAAAAAGAAGCCGCUUGGGCUAUUAGCAAUUUGACUAUUAGCGGAAAUCGCGAUCAAGUGUUUACGCUCAUUAAGGAAGGUGUCAUACCUCCCUUCUGUGAUCUUUUGUCUUGCCAAGAUACACAAGUAAUCAAUGUGGUUCUGGAUGGCCUGAAUAACAUGCUCAAGACGGCUGAAGGUCACAGCCAAGAAGUGGCAAAUCUCAUUGAAGAAUGCGAUGGACUAGAGAAAAUCGAAAGACUACAAACUCACGAAAAUGUUGAAAUUUAUAAAUUAGCUUACGAAAUAAUAGAACAACAUUUCUCCGAUGAGUCUGAGCAGGCUAACAUGGCUCCUACCUCGGAUGGAACUCAAUAUCAAUUUGACCCCAAUGCCGAAAAAUUAACGAUGAAUACUUUUAAUUUUUAACGAAAUUAUCCACCAUGCGACCAUGAUUAUGUUGGUUUGUAAACAAACCAACUAAAAUUGUUUUAUGAUGAUCCGUUAUUCUCUUUUCGUAUGUCUUUCAUUUUUUUUGUUUUUUUUGUUUUUUUUUUUCAUUUUUCGGAAAGAAUCAAAAAUUCAAAGGAAAAUCCAAACGCAAUCAAACACACCCAUACAAAUAAGAUAUUGAUUUUACACCAACAAUUAGAUCAACAAUCAACAGAGUCCAUGAUAUUCUAAUGUAAUUAAUACUUUAUUUAUAUAUAUAUACAUAUAUAUAUAUAUAUACAUAGCAACAACAAGAGGAUUUCUUAAAUUUUGAGUUUUAAUACGCAUUGGAAAGCAGCACGAUGAAUCAGGACGUAUCUUUAUGCUUUGUACUGUUUUGCCAUUUACAAGUUAUUUUAUUAAAAUAAAUUUAAAAGAGAGAAAAAAAAA